AGAGUCCUUGCACUACUGUACAGAAAUGAAGGAGAUUCCAUUUCGUUUUGUUGGCUAUGAGGUCUGGACACAGCUAGCUAACAAGCUAGACCCUGACACUGGGCUUAAUGGAAACAACUGGAGAAUGCUAGCCGAGAAGCUGGGCUACUCAACGGAAGUCAUUCUGUGUUUAGAAUCCAAAAAGACCUCCCAUGGGCGAAACACCUUAACCUUAUUUGAGGAGUAUAUUAAGAAGAAAGAUUCUUCAGUGAAUGCAGUCAUGAAGGCUUUGGAGAGUAUGGAGAGAAAAGAUGCUCUUGAGGUUCUCCAAAACUCAAUACCAGAAAUUCAGAGACGGUUUGAAGCAGACUUGAAGAGCAUGCCUAUGAAACAGGAACCCCAAGAACACAAUGAAUGUCCACCAUGUUUCCAUUCUUAUCCUAAUGGUUCCUUACCCUCUUCCCACCACUCCAGUUAUCCAAGGUUCAGUGUACCUUGUUCUCACAUGCCUCAUCACAUGAACAUUGUAGGGUCUUCUCAUUCUAAUGCUUACAGCAACCUGGAGCCAGAUAUGCCAAAAAAGAUCAACACCUCAUCUGUUUAUAACUCUACAAAGCAUGUCACACAGGGGAUACUACGCAUGGGAACAAACUAUCAACACUCAGGGACCCAUACAGGAAUAUCCACAAACAUUCGAGGAGGCAGCAUGGCGGUGCAAGUAGACAGGAGAGAUAAUUACACCAGUGAUGAGAUUGAGAUGGGGGAGCUGCCAAGUCAUACCAGCCGAUACCGUGAAGACCCACAACCACUUCCUGCUGGGAUUUACAGAGGCCAGUUUAUGAAUUCUCUCAGUCGAGCCUCCAACAUGGUCAACUCACAGGACAUGGCAGUGGCAAGCGAAGAAGUGGUGGAUACUAGCCCCAGCUAUAUUGAUGCAGUCAAACAACAUGGGUCUCUAAAGAGACAGAACUCUGUAGAGUCCAAUGCAAGGCAACCAGUUGGUGAGAUUCAUGGUAAGAAACCAGAGUCCAACAAAAAGCUAGCAUUGAACAUCCCCACCUCGUACAACAGAAACCACAUGCAGGCAAUGAAGCUACAAAAUAACUUUAUCAGCCCGAGUCCCAAUCAGACUCCUACCACAUCCUUACAGAAUCCUCUAGACAAACUACGACAAAUCACUGGGUCCAACUCCUACAUGCCAGAUGAGAAGUACCAGAGCAUGAUAGAAGAGAAGAACCGUGAGGAGAUGUUAUAUAAUAGUAACAGAUGUGGAUCAGAGGAAAAUUUUAGAAAAGGCACAACGUCAUCUUGUCAGUAUGAGGCAGAUCCCAACAGCAGAGGGGUAUUAAUGCAGGCAGGGGAUUCAGGGUGGUUUAACUUCAAACAAGGUCAGCGGGGGAACUCUCAAAUGGCCAACCACAUGAAGCUAACAAAGGACCUGGGUCCUCGCACAUUUCCCCUGAGGUCAAAGUCACUGACGACUUGUGCGGGUGGUGAGGCUGAUUCCCAGGAAAGAUCUAACCUGUCGAAGUCACAGUCCAUGCCUCACGACAUGAAACCAGCAGAAUAUAGAAAAGCAUUUCGUCAUAUUAAGGUGUUUGUCACAUAUUCAACGGACUCAAAACGUCACAUACAGAAAGUGUUGAAUCUGUGCCGAUGUAUAGAAAAGAAUGGUUUUACUUGUUGCAUGGACAUGUACAAUCGCCGGAUGCCAACUGAGGACAAACUGGGCUGGGUCAAGGAAAGGUUUGAUGAGGCUGACUUCAUUCUGAUCUGUGUGUCUGAGAACUAUAUCGAGGAGACAGAGAGGUGCCAGGGUGAGGUUAUCGACUCCACCUCAGACAAACAGCUCCACACUGACUACAUCUACCAACUGAUGGUCCUUGAAUACAACCAAAUUGGCCGUAACAGACGUUUCAUUCCUGUCAUGUUAGAUGGCACUUCUGAGGAACAUAUCCCCUCCUGGCUACAAAAUACACUUUUCUACAAGUGGCCCACCCAUUUUAGGGAUCUUUUAUGGUUCCUCACUAAACCAGAAACACGCAUAAAAACAAAAGCUGUGAGUGAGAGGAGGUCAUCAGAGGAGGAAGAAAUGAUGCCGGAUUCACCACCAGCUGCAGCCGCCACUUAAAGGAAGUGGUUGGUGUUAUUGGGUAUUGCUGGCUUGUUGACACUAAAAGUGAGGGUACAUGGUCAUUGAAUGUGUAAAUAAACUGAACAAGAAAGUUUUCAAUCAGUGCUGUUUAUGUAUUCCAAUAUGUUUGUUCAAGUGUCAAGGAAUGAAGGCUUAAGGACUCAUUGUUUAUUGAUGCCCAUUUGUUUUUUCUCUGUGUUUUAUUUCAUGAAAUCUCUAAACACAUGAUUUGUUGACUGGUAUUCCAGUCUAACAGGAGCUCAGCUCAGAUGGAACACAGGCUUAGCAGCUAUAUUCUAACUACAAAUGCCUUUAAGCUCAGCUAUGAUUGGACAUAAGGAAUCAGUUUCUGAGCUCUGAUUGGAGAAAGGACUCAGUAGCCUGGUUCUUUCCUGUUAUGUGUGGGUAUUAUGGCCAUGUUUGUUUCUGAUGAAAAUUAAUGUAAUCCAAGUGUUGUUACUGUUGUUGAUUUUUAAUUAUUUAUGAAUGAUCUCAUUAAUCUGAUGUACAUGUAAGUGUUGAUGUGUUGGAGAAUAUUUAAGGAUCUGAGGGAAAAAUAUCAAGAUGAAAAAUGUUUCAUGUUUUUAUAUACAUCAAUCCUUUAAAAAGUUGACAACUUAAUGUAUUAAAGAGUCACCUUUCUUGAAGGUACUGUUUAGAAAAAGAUUGCCAUUUUUUUUAAAGAUAGUGAUAAUCUGUGUGAUUGGAGUUGGAAUGACCUCUGUAGGUGCCAUAUAUAAGUAAAAUGAUCUUUCUUAAGAUAUUUCUUAUCAAGAGUAUUUUAUACAUAAAUGUUCAUUUUUAAAAUGUAUUUAAUUAAAAAGUGAUGAUAUUAAAUUUUAGAAUCAUGAAUGUUUUUGAGAAAGUGUUAUUUUUUAAACUAAACUCAAAGACUCCCUGAAUACCAAAAACUGUUUACGAAAGGUGCAUAUAGUAAGAUUUGUUUUUUAUUACUGGUAUAUGAUGUGCAUUAGAAAUACUUGUUUGUUUUACACUGGUACGUAUAAAUUGUGAUAUUCUUUCUGAGAAAAUUAUAAAUGUUAAUAUAAAUAAGUAAAGGACAAGCCAUUGUUGUUUAAAAUCAUGCUUGGCUAGAAUAGAAAGCUUGUGCUAUCGUCAGUUUUCAUGUUAUCCAUCUGAUUUUACCUUAUCACUUUUAUUUAAAUUUAUUCUUUCAUUUGAAUGAAUGCUUCCUAUUUUACGGAUAUGUGAGAUUUUAGAUAUGAAAAUGCUUCUUUGGACAUACACACUUUUAAUAAUGCUAAUGCUAAAUAGAAGGUAAAAUAAAUAAUACCAUUUUCACAUAUAUAUCUACAUGCUACAAUUUUUUUUUAUUAAAGCUGUUUGUUUUCAUAUAAAAAUCUAUGAGAAAAAAAUUUUUAAACAAUUUUUACCUUUGUUUGAUUCCAUGUUUGUUGAAUUCCAUUUUC